AGGGCAGAGGGAGCUCCGAUGAAAAUGGCGCAGGUGAAGGGAGGGAACGGCCACCACUCGCGGCCGCGGGUGACACGGGCCGUCUCGUGGCUCCCGUCGCGCAGCGUCUCCGAAUGGCGAGGGUGCGCGCUAAAUCGCCUUCGGUCCAAACACGUCCCGCUCCCCUUCCGCUCGUCUCGUCUCGGGGUUCCCCGCCCUGCUUCCUUCCGCCACAUCCACAUCCUCUUCAACUCCUCCAUCGCCGUCGACGCUCUUCUUUUUCCCUUAUUCUUGUUCAUCCUCCCGAGGAGAGGCAUAUGGACGCGAACCAAUCCAAAAUGGUGCAAGUGUAAUCGUGAAGUAGAAACAGAAACUACGGAGGCUUGACAUUUCAGGAAGCUUGUGAUGGCAUCAGUACCAGGAACUCCAGUUAAUAUAAGUAUAGGUUCUCAUGUAUGGGUUGAAGAUCCAACAUCAUCUUGGAUUGAUGGACAGGUCACUAAGAUCACCGGUGAAAAUGCUGAGGUCCAAGCUUCUAAUGGGAAAACAGUUGUUACUAGUCUAUCAAAAAUAUAUCCCAAAGAUAUGGAAGCCCCACCUGGAGGGGUUGAUGACAUGACAAAACUCUCUUAUCUGCAUGAGCCUGGUUUACUGCAGAACUUGUCAACCAGAUACCAACUGAAUGAAAUUUAUACUUACACAGGAAAUAUUCUAAUUGCCAUAAAUCCAUUUCAAAGGUUGCCCCAUCUAUAUGAUUCUCACAUGAUGAUACAAUAUAAAGGAGCUCGAUUGGGUGAGCUAAGUCCUCAUGUGUUUGCAGUGGCAGAUGUGGCAUACAGGGCAAUGAUAAAUGAGGAGAAAAGUAAUUCCAUUUUGGUUAGCGGUGAAAGUGGUGCGGGUAAAACUGAGACAACAAAGAUGCUUAUGCGUUAUCUUGCUUAUUUGGGUGGACGGGCUGCUACUGAAGGACGAACUGUAGAGCAACAAGUACUUGAAUCAAACCCAGUUCUUGAAGCAUUUGGAAAUGCAAAAACUGUCAGAAAUAACAACUCCAGUCGUUUUGGCAAGUUUGUUGAGAUCCAAUUUGAUAGGCAAGGUAGAAUAUCAGGUGCUGCCAUCCGGACAUAUCUUCUUGAGAGGUCCCGAGUUUGCCAGGUUUCUGAUCCAGAGCGUAACUACCACUGCUUUUACCUUCUAUGUGCAGCACCAACAGAGGUGGUUGAAAAGUACAAGUUAUCAAAACCAAAUUCAUUUCAUUAUCUUAACCAAUCAAAUUGCUAUGAGUUGGUUGGUGUGAGUGAUGCCCAUGACUAUUUAGCCACCAGGAGGGCUAUGGAUAUAGUUGGAAUUAGUGCACAGGAACAGGAUGCAAUUUUUAGGGUUGUUGCAGCCAUUCUUCAUCUUGGAAAUAUUGAUUUUGCCAAGGGACAAGAUAUAGAUUCAUCAGUUUUGAAAGAUGACAAAUCUAAGUUCCAUCUGAAGAUGACCGCUGAGCUUCUUAUGUGUGAUUCUGCAGCUCUGGAAGAUGCACUGUGUAAGCGUGUGAUGAUCACACCUGAAGAAGUUAUUAAGAGACCACUUGAUCCUCGUGCUGCAACCAUUAGUAGGGAUGGCUUAGCUAAGACAAUAUAUUCUCGCUUGUUUGACUGGAUUGUUGAUAAAAUAAAUGUCUCAAUUGGACAAGAUCCAAAUUCUAAGUCACUGAUUGGGGUCCUUGACAUUUACGGUUUUGAAAGUUUUAAGACAAACAGCUUUGAGCAGUUUUGUAUUAACUUCACAAAUGAGAAACUACAGCAGCAUUUCAACCAGCAUGUUUUCAAGAUGGAGCAGGAAGAGUACACAAAAGAGGAGAUAGAUUGGAGCUACAUUGAAUUUGUUGAUAAUCAAGAUGUCCUGGAUCUUAUUGAGAAGAAACCUGGAGGUAUCAUCGCACUCCUUGAUGAAGCAUGUAUGUUUCCAAAAUCAACACAUGAAACCUUUGCGCAAAAGCUUUACCAGACAUUUAAAACACACAAGCGCUUCAUCAAGCCCAAGCUUUCUCGUACUGAUUUUUCGAUAAGCCAUUAUGCUGGAGAGGUUUUAUAUCAAUCUGAUCAGUUCCUGGACAAAAAUAAGGAUUAUGUUGUGGCAGAACACCAAGAUUUGUUGAGUGCUUCAAAAUGCUCAUUUGUUUCAGGCCUUUUUCCUCCUCUGCCUGAGGAGACAUCCAAGACUUCAAAAUUUUCAUCCAUUGGUUCUCGAUUUAAGCAACAACUACAGGCAUUGAUGGAGACAUUAAAUUCCACAGAACCCCAUUACAUUAGAUGUGUGAAGCCGAACAAUCUUCUAAAACCUGCCAUUUUUGAGAAUGUCAAUGUUAUGCAACAAUUACGCUGUGGCGGUGUUCUUGAGGCUAUCAGAAUUAGUUGUGCUGGAUAUCCUACUCGUCGCAUAUUCUAUGAAUUUUUACAUCGUUUUGGUGUUCUUGCCCCAGAAGUUUUAGAGGGAAACUACGAUGAAAAGAUAGCUUGCAGGAAGAUUCUGGAAAAGACGGGGUUGGCAGGUUUUCAGAUAGGCAAAUCAAAAGUUUUUCUUAGAGCUGGUCAGAUGGCAGAGUUAGAUGCUCGACGAGCUGAAGUGCUUAACAGCGCUGCAAAAACUAUUCAAAAUCAAAUACGAACACAUAUUUUGCGGAAACAAUUUAUUGCUUUGCGGAAGGCUACCAUAUAUGUGCAGUCAUUAUGGAGAAGGAGACUGGCUUUUAAGUUGUAUGAAGGCAUGAGAAGGGAAAAUGCUGCAAUAAAGGUUCAGAAAAAUUUGCGUCGUUACAAGGCUAAGAAGGCUUACACACGAUUGAGAUUGUCAGUUCUUGUCCUGCAAGCUGGUUUCAGAUUUUUGGCUGCUCGGAAUGAGUUUAGGUUUAGGAAGCAAACUAAGGCAGCAACUGUUAUUCAGGCUAAAUGGCGUUGUUAUAGAGCUUAUUCAUACCAUAAGAAGCUAAAGAGGGCAUCACUUGUCAGCCAAUGCAGAUGGAGGGGAAGGGUUGCAAGGAGAGAGCUUAGGAAGCUCAAAUUGGCUGCACGAGAAACAGGUGCUCUCAAGGAAGCGAAGGAUAAGCUUGAAAAGACAGUGGAAGAACUUACAUGGCGUUUGCAAUUAGAAAAGCGUUUGCGGACAGACUUAGAGGAAGCUAAAGGACAAGAGAUAACAAAGUUACAAAGCUCUUUGCAAGCAAUGCAAAGUAAAGUGGAUGAGACAACAGCAAUGCUUGUCAAGGAACGAGAGGCUGCAAAAAAGGCUAUUGAAGAUGCACCUCCUGUUAUCGAAGAAAAUACUGUUCUUGUUCAAGAUACUGAGAAGAUUGAUUCCUUGACGGAUGAAGUGGAGAACUUGAAGGCCUCAUUACAAUCAGAAAAACAACGAGCUGAUGAUGCUGAAAACAGAUUUAAUGAAGCACAAACAACUAGUGAAGAAAGACAGAGGAAGUUACACGAAUCAGAAGGAAAAUUACAUCAACUUCAGGAAUCUUUACACAGGCUUGAAGAAAAGCUGGCAAACCUAGAGUCCGAAAAUAAAGUACUUCGUCAGCAGGCUGUAUCCAUGGCACCCAAUAAAUUGUUAUCAGGACGUUCUAAAUCAACUCUGCAGAGGAGCUCCGAAAAUGGUCUUGUUAUUAACAGCGAGACCAGAACAAUAGCAGAUCCACUUAGUGCAUCAUUCAACAUGAGGGAGAAUUCUGAAGUAGAUGAUAAGCCACAGAAAUCUCUCAAUGAGAAACAGCAGGAAAACCAGGACUUAUUGAUUAGGUGUAUUGCACAAGACCUAGGAUUUGCAGGAAGCAGACCUGUUGCUGCCUGUAUUACUUAUAAAUGCCUUCUACAAUGGCGAUCUUUUGAAGUUGAGCGAACAAGUGUGUUUGAUCGAAUUAUUCAAACAAUUGGUCAUGCUAUUGAGACCCAGGAUAAUAAUGAGGUCUUGGCCUAUUGGCUUUCCAAUGCUUCAACUUUAUUGUUGCUACUUCAACGGACACUGAAAGCAAGUGGCGCAGCAGGAAUGGCACCACAACGCCGUCGGUCAUCAUCUGCUACUCUUUUUGGCAGGAUGACUCAAAGUUUCAGGGGUACACCGCAAGGUGUGAACCUUUCUUUUGUGAAUGGAAGCUUGACUGGUGGAGUAGAUAAAUUGCGUCAAGUUGAAGCAAAGUACCCUGCUUUACUAUUCAAACAACAACUUACUGCAUAUGUAGAAAAAAUAUAUGGAAUGAUCAGGGAUAAUUUGAAGAAGGAGAUAUCUCCCUUGCUUGGUUUGUGCAUUCAGGCCCCACGAACAUCAAGAGCUAGUCUAGUCAAAGGAUCUUCUCGCUCACCAGGAAAUGCUCCUGCACAGCAAGCUUUGAUUGCCCACUGGCAAGGGAUUGUUAAAAGUCUUGACAGUUUCUUGAACACAUUGAAAGCAAAUCACGUGCCUCCAUUCUUAGUUCGGAAGGUGUUCACACAGAUAUUUUCCUUCAUAAAUGUACAACUAUUUAACAGUCUUUUAUUGAGGAGAGAAUGUUGCUCAUUUAGCAACGGUGAAUAUGUUAAAGCAGGAUUAGCUGAACUAGAACAUUGGUGCUACAAAGCAACAGAUGAGUAUGCAGGUUCAGCAUGGGAUGAACUAAAGCAUAUAAGACAGGCUAUUGGAUUCCUGGUGAUCCACCAAAAGCCAAAGAAGACCUUGGACGAAAUUAGCCAUGACCUUUGUCCAGUACUUAGUGUGCAACAGUUAUAUCGGAUAAGUACAAUGUACUGGGAUGACAAAUAUGGUACACAUAGUGUGUCCCCUGAGGUUAUAUCGAAUAUGAGGGUGCUGAUGACUGAAGAUUCGAACAAUCCAGUGAGCAAUUCAUUCUUAUUGGAUGAUGACUCGAGCAUACCAUUUUCAGUUGAUGACAUAUCAAAGUCGAUGGAACCAAUUGAUAUAUCUGAUAUCGAACCCCCUCCACUCAUUCGGGAGAACUCAGGUUUCAUGUUCUUGUUGCCACGCUCCGACUAAGAGUCUAAGCCAGUUAAUUAUUCUUCUCCAGUGGAUCAGGGAUGGUUUGAGUUUCAUGCAAGUGGGGUUCUGAUAGUCAACAUAUUCGACACUUGAAAGAUCCGCAUCCUCCCCUUAGGUUUAGUGCAUUCUCGUGCAUUCAGUUUGAAACCAAUAGGAAUCAAGACUGAAAUCUACAAUGAAGAAUAGGAGCAAGCCUCUCUCUCUCUCUCUCUCUCUCGUGGGGCAUUUUGUAUGGCUCUCUUGGUUGUAUGCCUGUAUAUUUAAUCACGAUAUAGAACAAAUCUGUUUGCUUUUUGCGCUCUGUUAGCUUGUAGCCAACUUGGAGUUUACACCCUACCAUAUUACUCCAGAAAAUGUAAAGCAGAAGUAAAGCUGGCUUUGUUUUCAUGGUUUCUUAGGAUACCUUCAUUCAUGCUCUUAUUCUACAUGCAACAGCUCGUGGCAAAGAUGCAGCUGUUCAUGGGUUCAUGUACCUUAUAUAGAAACUUCUUUUUGUAAUACAAGAUUCUAAGUAUAGUGGUUUU